GGUCAGCUGAACGAAGAUAAACUGAAGUGUAAACUAAGGGCACUCGAAAAUCAGCUCCAGGCCUGCACCCAGAGUUACUCAAAGGAGUGUGUGAAGAAGAUCCUGAUAGAGAUGGAGGACCAGAAGCAGACCUAUGAGCAGAAGGCAAAAGAGGCUCUUCAGAAGAUGCUGGAGGAUAAACUCCAAACAGAGCAGCAGCUGCAAAGCUCUCAGAGAAGCCUGGCAGCGGCCAGAGAGGACCUUGCCUUCUGGAAAGAGCACUACACCGCGCUCAAAGCCGAAUUGACCAAGAUGACCACGGCGCACACCGAGCUCGAGAGCAGCUUCCACGUUCUGCAAAGCGAACUGCAG